AAUGUCAUUACAGAAUUUUAUACUGAGCCAUAGAUGGGUUGGCCAGUCUAAUCCAGACACUAUAAAUUAAACGACAGUAAGGAGAGAAGAACAAACUCCUAAGAGGAGGAGACUCACUCAUGGCCUAUGAGACAGAGGAUCACGAGACUCAAUACUGCUUUCCUGGAAUCAACUCAUCAUGUACCAAGGGAAAACGCUCCAGACAUGAAUACAAUGUUUUAUAUGUGUUUUUCUCAUUGCUGUCAGCAUUAACUGUGUUUCUGAAUCUGCUGGUGAUCAUCUCAAUCUCUCACUUCAAGAAACUUCACACUCCAACCAACCUGGUCAUUCUCUCUCUUGCUGUUUCCGACAUGCUUAUUGGACUUAUUGUCAUACCUAUAGAGGCCAUCAAGUUGAUUGAGACUUGCUGGUACUUCAGAGACACUUUCUGUAGUCUGUUUGUGUUAAUCAUAGGACUGGUCCUCCAAGCAUCUCUCAGUAGUUCAGUUUUAAUAGCCAUUGAUCGUUUUGUGGCUGUGUGUCACCCUUUACAGUACCCACAGAAAAUAUCCAUGACUAGAAUGUUAAUUGUUAUCUGUCUUUGCUGGUUUUUUUCUUUGGCUUAUAAUAUUGCAAUUGCAAUAAGUUUCUCACACAGAGCAGAUGUGUGUUAUGGUGAAUGUAACAUCAUGAUUACAUAUGAGUGGAGAGUAAAUGAUUUAAUAUUCUGCUUCCUGUUUCCCUGUACCGUGAUCAUAACUUUAUAUUUAAGGAUAUUUUAUGUUGCACAAAAGCAGGUGAAAGUCAUAAACUCUCUAAUGAAGAGAGGUAAAUGUGUAAUGGGAGGUUCAGUAAGGAGGAAAUCUGAGACCAAAGCUGCUCUGACAUUAGGAAUCAAUGUGGCAGUUCAUCUGCUUUGCUGGAUUCCAUACUAUAUCUUGACUCUAACUGAAAACAGUGCAAUCCCACCCAACAUACUCUAUUGUCUAGUAUGGGUCUUAUAUGUUAACUCAUGUCUGAAUCCUCUUAUCUAUGCUUUAUUUUACCCCUGGUUUAGAAAAUCAAUUAAAUACAUCUUAACUUUUAGAAUAUUUCAACCAGCAUCCUCUCGGGUCGAUAUUUUUACAAAUCAUCAUUCAUGA